AUGGCAGUUUUACCACGUCACCUCGCGCCGGGUUCUGGCCUCUCAGGACGUGCUGAGGUACCAGACCCCCUCCCCCCUCAGGGUGCCGCUCCCUCAGGUGUGUCCCAGGUAGACCCGGGUGAGCCUGUCGAGGUAGCUGUUGACUCGCGUCCUGCGUCUGGGGGUGCUGAGCCUGGGAGUGCUGCGUCUGAGGGUGCGGAGCCUGGGGGUGCGGAGCCUGGAGGUACGGAGCCUGGAGGUGCGGAGCCUGGAGGUACUGAGCCUGGGGGUGCUGAGCCUGGACGUGCUGAGACUGGGGGUGCUGAGCCUGGGGGUGCUGAGUCUGGGGGUGCUGAGCCUGAGCGUGCUCCACCUGGAGGAGCCCUCUCCUCCCAGCAGCUGCAGGAGAGGUACCUCGAGUACUGCCGCCUCCGGAGAGGUGCUUCUGGAGCUCGUCCCGGUACUUCCCCUCCUACCCAGGAGCUCCCCCCCAUUCAGGUGAUCCGCGAGUGGUACACGCGGCGCUGCAGUCUUCGUAGUGGUGCUCCUGGUGCUGCGGACCCGAGCGGUGGUGUUGUUGCUGGUGCUGAGGACCCGGACGCUGGAGCUGCUGCUGGUGCUGAGGACCCGGGGGCUGGAGCUGCUGCUGGUGCUGAGGACCCGGACGUUGGAGCUGCUGCUGGUGCUGAGGACCCGACCGGUGGCGCUGCUGCUGGUGCUGAGGACCUGACCAGUGGCCGUGCUGCUGGUGCUGAGGACCCGGGCGUUGGAGCUGCUGCUGGUGCUGAGGACCCGACCAGUGGUGCUGCUGCUGGUGCUGAGGACCCGGGGGCUGGAGCUACUGCUGGUGCUGAGGACCCGGACGUUGGAGCUGCUGCUGGUGCUGAGGACCCGACCGGUGGCGCUGCUGCUGGUGCUGAGGACCUGACCAGUGGCCUUGCUGCUGGUGCUGAGGACCCGGGCGUUGGAGCUGCUGCUGGUACUGAGGACUCGGGCGUUGGGGCUGCCACUGGUGUCCCUGCUGCUUCUGGAGACGCUGCGCGGCCGCGACCGUACUUCGUACCGCUCCUUCAGCAGGUUCUUGGUCAGGCUCCUCCUCCUAGUCCUCCUCCCUCCGUCGAGUGUCCUCUGCCUGUCCAGCCGCAGUCACAGUUACCGCCUGCCUCGCCUCUCCCUGCUCCCUCCCCUUACGCUGGUCCCACAGGAGGUCUUACAGAGCGUCGUGAGCCUGAGUCUCGUCCUGCGUCGCCUGUUCGUACUGCUCGCACUGGUCGUCGUGUCCCACGUGAGCGUCCUCCUCCUGUCCCUGGCACUCACUACAUGACUCUGCGUCCCUCCACUGCUCCGCAGCGUGUCCCGCUGCCGUCUCCUCCUGCGUCCUCUCUUCCUACUCUUCCUGACCCGGAGUCUGACUCCCGUCGUGCUGCCAGUCCCACUGUUACGCGUCUCCUCGCUACAGUUGUCACUGACCCGACCUUUGAGUCCUCUGCUGCGUCUGCUCUGGUCGCUGAGUUGGUUGACUUUGCUGCUCGCUGUCGCCUAGACUACGCUGCCAGCCUUGUCGCUAGGUCUGAGUCUGCGUCUGCCUGUCCUCCGUCCGUCGGGGGUGAGUGUGCCCUCGGCACGGACGUCCUUGAGGACAGACAGGAGGAGUUCCACUGCCUUGCUGCUGCUUUGCCCCGUCUCGUGUCCUUGCUAGUUGCCCCUGAGGGAGACCCGGAUGCACCAGACAUCCCGACCCCACGCUCUUACGCUGAGGCGAUGGCGGGUCCCUACUCCUCUCAGUGGCAGACAGCCAUGGACGCAGAGAUGGCCUCCUGGAAGUCCACAGGCACCUACGUAGACGAGGUUCCCCCUCCUGGGGCGAACAUCGUCAGUGGCAUGUGGAUUUUCAGGGUGAAGCGGCCGCCGGGUUCUCCGCCUGUCUUCAAGGCGCGCUACGUGGCUCGAGGCUUCAGUCAGCGAGAGGGAGUAGACUUCUUUCAGACCUUCUCCCCCACCCCGAAGAUGACUACUCUUCGGGUGCUGCUGCACAUAGCCGCUCACCGCGACUACGAGCUUCACUCUCUUGACUUCAGCACUGCUUUCUUGCAGGGCAGCCUGCACGAGGAGAUCUGGCUGCGCCGCCCCCCUGGCUUCACUGGGUCAGUUCCUCCUGGCACCCAGUGGAGGCUUCAGCGGCCGGUCUACGGUCUCCGCCAGGCGCCACGUGAGUGGCACGACACACUGAGGACGACACUUGCGGCUCUUGGGUUCGCUCCCUCUACUGCUGACCCGUCGCUGUUUCUACGCACCGACACCUCGCUGCCGCCGUUCUACAUCCUCGUGUACGUCGACGACUUGGUCUUUGCCACUGCUGACACCGCGGCACUCGCUCACGUGAAGUCGGAGCUGCAGAGGAGACACACGUGCACAGACCUGGGUGAGCUGACGAGCUAUCUUGGCUUGCGGAUCACCCGGGACAGAGCACGGCGCACCAUCACCCUGACUCAGUCACACAUGGUGCAGCAGGUUCUCCAGCGCUUCCGCUUCACGUACUCCUCGCCUCAGUCCACUCCUCUGCCUACCGGUCACUCGCUCUCAGCUCUGCCUUCGGAUGAGUCCGUAGAGCCGAGUGGCCCGUAUCCAGAGCUUGUGGGCUGCCUCAUGUACCUGAUGACCUGCACUCGACCUGACCUUGCAUACCCUCUUAGCAUCCUAGCACGCUAUGUCGCUCCUGGCCGUCACCGGAAGGAGCACAUGGAUGCUGCUAAGAGGGUGUUGCGCUACUUGUGCAGUACGUCGGGCAUGGGGCUUGUGCUUGGAGGGCGAGACCGGGUUGUUCUCACAGGGCACUCAGACGCUUCUUGGGCAGACGACCAGGCUACUCAGCGGUCGUCCCAGGGUUACACCUUCAGCCUUGGCUCUGGCUCAGUUUCUUGGCGUUCUACUCGCUCUUCUUCUGUUCUCAGCUCCAGUUGUGAGGCUGAGAUCUACGCCACAGCCAUGGCUGCUCAGGAGCUACGCUGGCUGACCUACCUGCUGACCGACCUCGGAGAGCGGCCUCGUUCUCCUCCAGUGCUGUACGUCGACAACAAGGCUGCCAUUACCUUGUGUGAGGAGCACAGACUGGAGCACAGAACGAAGCACAUCGCUCUGCGGUACUUCCUUGCUCGAGAGCUGCAGCAGCGUGGUCAGCUUUGUCUGCGUUACGUGGCCACGGAGGCCAACACUGCUGAUGUGUUCACCAAGGCGCUUCAGCCUUGUGACCAUCAGCGCUUUUGCACUCUGCUAGGCCUUGUACCCACUGGGCCUCACUUGCUUACCUCUUGA